AUGUCAGGACCAUUGUUGUUUGCUCGUAACGCGGAUGGGUUGUAUUUCAAGCCUUUGAAAAACGAGGAUUCAAAGCGUGUUAUCCAUUUGUCAGCUCACGACCAAUUAUUAACAGCAGUAGAUGGCGGUGAAUUCCCUGUUGCUGCAAAAUCCACAAUAAAGGUGGCUGCACUAUUAGGUUUCAUCAGAUUGAAACUGAACAAAUAUGCUAUAAUAGCUGAUACGGUUGAAGAGUCUGGAAGACUGGAUGGGCAUAUUAUUUACAAGGUUGUUCAACACUCUAUUGUUAACGCAAAGAGAUCAUCGAGAAUUGAUAAAGAUGAAGCUGAAUACUUGAAAUUGUUAGAAAUGCAAUUGAAAAACUCCACUCUUUACUUCUCUUAUACUUAUGAUUUGACAAACUCAUACCAAAGAAAUGAACAUAUUAAAAGUCCAGUUGGUUCUCCAUACUGGAAAACAUGUGAUAAGAGGUUUUUCUGGAAUCACUACAUAACAGAGGAACUAAGAUCCUUAGCCCAAGAAGACAGUAAUGUAGAGGUUUUUAUUCAACCUAUUAUUUACGGUUAUGCAAAGGUCUUGGAUACUGGUCUAAAUGGUGUUCCAAUUAAUGUCGGUUUGAUUACCAGAAGAUCAAUUUACAGAGCGGGUACCAGAUAUUUCCGCCGUGGUAUUGACGAAAAUGGUAAUGUGGGAAACUUCAACGAGACUGAACAAAUUUUGCAAGUUAGAAAGACUGGGGGAAACCCUGAAUUGUUCUCUUUCUUGCAAACGAGAGGCUCUGUUCCAGUUUAUUGGGCUGAAAUAAACAAUAUGAAGUAUAAGCCUAAGUUGGUUCUGGGUGAUAACAGCACAUUGGAAUCUACCAAGAAGCAUUUCGAUGAACAGGUAAGCUUGUAUGGUGAUAAUUACCUUGUUAAUUUGGUGAACCAAAAGGGACAUGAACUUCCUGUUAAAGAAGCUUAUGAAACAGCCGUUGCUGGUCUGAAUAACCCAAAGAUACAUUACAUAUAUUUUGAUUUUCAUCACGAAUGCCGUAACAUGAAAUGGCAUAGAGUCAAACUUCUGAUAGAUCAUUUGACAGAGAUGGGACUAUCUAGUAAGGAUUAUUUCCACAAGAUUUUCACAAUGGAUGGUUUGAAGACAGAAAAAAUAGUUAGUGAGCAACAUUCGACUGUUAGAACUAACUGUAUGGAUUGUUUGGAUAGAACUAACGUUGUUCAAUCAGUUUUAGCUCAUUGGAUCUUGCAGAAUGAACUUGAAACUUCUGGAGUCGUUGGUGAAGAGCAAUUAUGGGAACAAGAUAAGUCGUUGUUAUCUUUAUUCCAAAACCUAUGGGCAGAUAAUGCUGAUGCAGUCAGUUUUUCAUACUCGGGUACUGGUGCUUUAAAGACAGACUUUACAAGGACUGGUAAGCGUACUAAGGCAGGAGCCUUCAAUGACUUUGUUAAUUCAGCUUCCCGUUACUAUCAAAACAACCUAACUGAUGGUCCUAGACAAGAUUCUUAUGAUUUAUUCCUUGGUGGUUUCAAGCCGUUCUCAACAGGAGUUGUCUCUCCUUUUACCGACAGAAGACCGUUUAUUAUUCAGGCUGUGCCAAUGCUUCUCUAUGCAGCCAUUACUGUUCUCGGUGCAACUAUAUUGUUCCCAAAGGGAUCAUUUACAGACUCUAAGAAUAUGAUGUAUUUCAUAUGUGCAGCUGUAACUACUGCGGCUUGUGUACAAUUUUUGAUCAAAAAUGGAAUGCAGUAUGUCAACUGGCCCAAAUUGAUGGAUGUUGGCUUUUUGGUUGCAAUGCAAACACACAACAAGGAGCAAGAAUUUAGAGGGUUUAAAUACAAACCUGAUCCGCGGUUUAAAGCCCCUACAACUUCAAAGAAGGACUAG